AUGGCAGAGUGCCGACAUCCAGACAUACAACGGUUUGGCGAAAUUCGCUGCUGCCUUUCGUGCGGUGAAGCCGUCUUUGAGGUGACGACUUCCGAACCACCGCUGGAGUCCUCACCGCAGUAUCGAUACAAGCCACUCAGGCACGGUCUUGGCCACGAGAUCCGAUUGAUAGUGCUGUUCGCUGGCGAGCCGUCGGAUGACUUGUCCUGCGACAUCACCACUGUGAACCUAGCGGACCGGCCAAGCUACGAGGCGGUAUCCUACACCUGGGCCAACUCCAGAGGCCAUGUCUCGUUGACUUCGGAGAUUAGGUGCGGUGGGUCAACCAUUGCAAUCACCGAGAACUGCGAAGCAGCGCUGCGGCGCCUCAGACUGCGGGGUCGUAACAGACGGCUGUGGAUCGAUGCCAUCUGUAUCCAUCAGAACGACACCGAGGAAAAGAGCCACCAAGUAAAGCUAAUGUCUACAAUCUAUUCGAACGCUGCGCAGGUACUCGCCUACCUCGGCGUCGAAUCUCCACAGGUAACAAGACAGCUUCGAGGGGUCCUCGAUUUUCUCCAAGACAAGACCGGCGUCAUCACUUCUGAACCCUGCGGCAAGGAGAAUCUGCUCACCUUCCUCCAUCUACCCUACUUCGACCGAGUCUGGAUCAUGCAAGAGAUUGGGCUCGCUCAGCUGGUCACUCUCAUCAUUGGAGAUUACGAGGUUCGUUGGACCGGAGACACGGUAUCAAGGACGCUGGACAUGUGUUCACAACUAGAUCUCCGGCCUCCGAGUGUCCUUCGCUGGACCCCUUCGAGUCGUCCGGAGGAACAGAACGAUAUCCUGGCGGUGCUGUCCAAGAGCCGGAACUGUUCUGCAGGGAACCCACGUGACAAGAUCUAUGCGUUACUCGGCCUGAUGGAUUCGAGAUUCUCCGCCGAGUUUGUCGUCGACUACUCCCUCUCGCAUACAGACGUGUUCGCUAAGCUGGCGACAUAUUGCAUCGAGAAGCUAGGACGCUUCGACAUACUGCAGCAUUGUCAGCACGUCUCCGAUCCUGACCGGCACUGGCAGAACACCACACGGAUACCGUCAUGGAUUCCUCAAUGGGACUACAGGCAUGCGUACGAGCCACUGCCCGCUCACUUCACAGCAGUCGAGAAGCAGGCCUUUGCCUCGUCGUGGCACAUGGCGCCCACCAACCCCGCAGGGCUACCACCACGUCUCAAGCUGCGCGCGCACCGCCUCGACUACAUUGUCCGCCUCAUCGGCCCCACGGCCAAACACCGCACGCCCACGCUCCCACGAAUCGCCUGGUCUGCCCUCGGCGUGCCAGACUGCCAGACAUGCACCGGUUCAAAGUCCGCGCCCGCGCAGUGCAGUCCCGCCCCCAGAGCCGCAUUCCAGCAGCACCGACAGGCGGUGCUGUCCGCACUCUCGGCGGCGGGCCCGGGCGCGACGGUCUUUGCGAGUACGCAUUCGGUCGGGUACACGCACGCACGCCCGCUCGUGGGGGACACGGUGUGGGCGCUUUACGGGAGCGACGUGCCGUUCGUGAUGCGCUUGACGGCGGGGCAUCACGAGCUCGUGGGCGCGUGCUACUUGUCCCGCGCCGGGCGGCCGUUUGUGUGUCAGCGGUGCGGAGCCGAGGCGGCGCCGUGGCCGAUGCAGACGCACAUCGUUGACAUCUGGUAG